AUGAAUGGUAAAGAUAGAGAUUUUGGAAAAGAAUUAAAUACAUGCAGUGAAGAACUUCUCAUUCUAAGAAAGAGAGAUUCGGAAAAGAAUGAUGAUGCAUUGAGUAAAUGCGGUGUCGCACUAAAUAAGUAAAAUCACUAUUAAGAAGCUCUUGAUUGUUGCGAUAAAUCCAUUUCUAUAAACCCUAAUAAUGAUAUUGCAUGGUGCAACAAGGCCGCGGCAUUAAAUAAUUUAACUCACUAUAAAGAAGCUAUUGAUUGUUGCGAUAAAUCCAUUUCUAUAACCCUAAUAAUGAUACUGCAUGGUGCAUCAAGGGUGCAGCAUCAAAUAAUUUUAACUCACUAUAGGGAAGCUAUUGAUUGUUUGCGUAAAUCCAUUUCUAUAAACCCUAAUAAUGAUACUGCAUGGUGCACAAGGGUGCAGCAUUAAAUAUUUUAACUCACUAUAAAGAAGCUAUUGAAUGUUGCGAUAAAUCCAUUUCUAUGA